AACAAAUAAAAGCCUAAAAAGGUCGAGAAGUUGCGAUUGCACACGCUAAGUUGGACUAGGGUGUGUAUUUACCGACAUAAACCAUGUGAGACAACACAUAUUUUGGAACUAAAUAUCUCCCAAAAUCAUGUGUAAGGAUUCAACGUCAAAGAGGAUUUAAACGAUCUCUAAAACAGGAAAUAAAAGAGUCUGCCAUGGACCCUGGGACUUGGGCUCAGGAUGUUUUACGGUGUCGACUCUGUGAGACCGCAGGCCCCCCUAUGUACUGUGACAUUUGUCAUAUACAUCUUUGUAAAGCCUGUGUGGGGGAACAUCUCUCUGAUCAAUCCAAAGAACACAAAGUGCUGCCAUUUGAAAAGAGGGGAUCUACUACUAAAUGUCUAAAACAUUCCUCAAAGAUUUGUGAACUUUACUGUAAACAAUGUGCCGUUCCUAUUUGUGCACUCUGUGUUUCCUCUAAGAAACAUAAUGCACAUGAUGUAGUCGACUUUGCAGAUGGUUUUGGAAGCCACAAACAUGACUUUCAGAAAGAUUUAAAAGAAUUAGAAGAUUUCCUUUAUCCCAAAUAUCAGAUGAUUGCGUCCAACAUUGCAGUUCAGAAAUCUGAAGUAAAGAAAAACUCCAGGAAAUUGACAACAGCAAUAGACAAACAUGGAGAUGACUUGUACCAAGAAAUAACUACCAUUAUACAGAAACUGAAAUCUGAUCUUGAUGAAAUGGACUCCAAACACCUAGCUGUCUUAAAUAAGCAGGAAGAUGAAAUCACAUGCACCAUUUCUGAAAUCAAACAGAGCAUUGUUGAUCUGAAGGAGUUACUGGACUCCAAUGAUGUCAGCCUUGUCUCCGCCUAUAAAUCCAGGAAUGCUGAAUUCAGAAGAUUGCCUUCUAAACUCACAGUUUCUCUACCAAACUUUAUCCCUCAGAAAAUUAAAACAAAAAAACUUUACCAACAAUUUGGUUCACUGUCAGCAUUCUCCAUUACAACAAAAAAACAUGGCUACACAAUGGAUACCUCAGAAUCUGGAUCCUCUCCUAUCAAACCACUCCUUGAUGAACCACGGAUCAUCUCCACCAUACAGACACAGAAUGAUGACUUAGACGGUGUUACUUGUCACAAUGAUGAAGAAAUCUGGACCUGUGGUAAUGGUAAGAUGAUGAGACUCUACAACUUGCAGGGGGAAUUAGUGAAGUCAGUCCAAACCAAGACAGGGAACAGUCCACGGGACAUAGCAGUGACAAGGAAUGGGGAUCUAGUUUAUACUGAUAGAGGUGAUAGAACUGUGAACAUAGUGAAGAAUACACAGAAUCAGACAGUAAUCAGACUACAGGGGUGGAGACCUCGCAGUGUUUGUAGUACCUCCUCUGAUGACCUUUUGGUUCUCAUGGACAGAAAUGACGAAAAACAAACAAAAGUUGUGUGUUACUCUGGCUCCACAGAGAAACAAAGUAUUCAGUACGAUAAGAAAGGAAGAAAUCUGUAUUCAGCUGGUGAAUUAUUACAUAAAAAAAUUAAAUACAUCAGAGAGAACAGGAACCUAGAUAUCUGUGUGGCAGACCUUGGAGCUUGUGCAGUAGUGGUGGUCAAUCAGGCCGGGAAACUCCGGUUUACCUACACUGGUCCUCCCUCUUAUACCAAGGGAUCAUUUAUUCCACAUGGCAUCACAACAGACAGCCAGGGUCAGAUCCUGACAUCAGACUAUAACAACCACAGUAUCCACAUCCUGGAUCAGGAUGGAGAGUUCCUCCGCUACAUUGACAACUGUCAUUUACAACGUCCAUCGGGUUUAUAUGUGGACACCAGAGACAACCUCUUUGUGGCUGAAUCGGACACAAAUAAAGUGAAGAAAAUACAAUAUAGAUCUCUAAAACAGGAAAUAAAAGAGUCUGCCAUGGACCAUGGGACUUGGGCCCAGGAUGUUUUACGGUGUCGACUCUGUGAGACCGGAGGCCCCCCAAUGUACUGUGACAUUUGUCAUAUACAUCUUUGUAAAGCCUGUGUGGGGGAACAUCUCUCUGAUCAAUCCAAAGAACACAAAGUGCUGCCAUUUGAAAAGAGGGGAUCUACUACUAAAUGUCUAAAACAUUCCUCAAAGAUUUGUGAACUUUACUGUAAACAAUGUGUCGUUCCUAUUUGUGCACUCUGUGUUUCCUCUAAGAAACAUAAUGCUCAUGAUGUAGUCGACUUUGCAGAUGGUUUUGGAAGCCACAAACAUGACUUUCAGAAAGAUUUAAAAGAAUUAGAAGAUUUCCUUUAUCCCAAAUAUCAGAUGAUUGCGUCCAACAUUGCAGUUCAGAAAUCUGAAGUAAAGAAAAACUCCAGGAAAUUGACAACAGCAAUAUACAAACAUGGAGAUGACUUGUACCAAGAAAUAAUUACCAUUAUACAGAAACUGAAAUCUGAUCUUGAUGAAAUGGACUCCAAACACCUAGCUGUCUUAAAUAAGCAGGAAGAUGAAAUCACAUGCACCAUUUCUGAAAUCAAACAGAGCAUUGUUGAUCUGAAGGAGUUACUGGACUCCAAUGAUGUCAGCCUUGUCUCUGCCUAUAAAUCCAGGAAUGCUGAAUUCAGAAGAUUGCCUCCUAAACUCACAGUUUCUCUACCAAACUUUAUCCCUCAGAAAAUUAAAAUAAAAAAACUUUACCAACAAUUUGGUUCACUGUCAGCAUUCUCCAUUACAACAAAGAAACAUGGCUACACAAUGGACACCUCAGAAUCUGGAUCCUCUCCUAUCAAACCACUCCUUGAUGAACCACGGAUCAUCUCCACCAUACAGACACAGAAUGAUGACUUAGACGGUGUUACUUGUCACAAUGAUGAAGAAAUCUGGACCUGUGGUAAUGGUAAGAUGAUGAGACUCUACAACCUGCAGGGGGAAUUAGUGAAGUCAGUCCAAACCAAGUCAUGGAACAGUCCACGGGACAUAGCAGUGACAAGGAAUGGGGAUCUACUUUAUACUGAUUACACGGAUAGAUCUGUGAACAUAGUGAAGAAUACACAGAAUCAGACAGUAAUCAGACUACAGGGGUGGAGACCUCGCAGUGUUUGUAGUACCUCCUCUGAUGACCUUUUGGUUCUCAUGGACAGAGAUGACGAUAGACAAACAAAAGUUGUGUGUUACUCUGGCUCCACAGAGAAACAAAGUAUUCAGUACGAUAAGAAAGGAAGACCUCUGUAUUCAGCUAGUGAAUUAUUACAUGAAAAAAUUAAAUACAUCAGAGAGAACAGGAACCUAGAUAUCUGUGUGGCAGACCUUGGAGCUUGUGCAGUAGUGGUGGUCAAUCAGGCUGGGAAACUCCGGUUUACCUACACUGGUCCUCCCUCUUAUACCAAGGGAUCAUUUAUUCCACAUGGCAUCACAACAGACAGCCAGGGUCAGAUCCUGACAUCAGACUAUAACAACCACAGUAUCCACAUCCUGGAUCAGGAUGGAGAGUUCCUCCGCUACAUUGACAACUGUCAUUUACAAGGUCCAUCGGGGUUAUAUGUGGACACCAGAGACAACCUCUAUGUGGCUGAAUCGGACACAAAUAAAGUGAAGAAAAUACAAUAUAUGAUGUAAACAAAUCGUUUGUGUGUAUUAUAUGUAAACAAACUGUGUGUGUGUAUUAUGUAUUAUAUGUAAAUAAACUGUGUGUGUAUAUUAUAUGUUAACAAACUGUGUGUAUGUAUUAUACAUGUAUGUGAACAAAUAGUGCAUAUGUAUUAUAUGUAAACAAACUGUGUAUGUGUAUUAUAUGUAAACAAACUGUGUGUAUGUAUUAUAUGUAAACAAACUGUGUGUAUGUAUUAUAUGUGAACAAACAGUGCAUAUGUAUUAUAUGUAAACAAACUGUGUAUGUGUAUUAAUAUAUGUAAACAAACUAUGUAUUUGUCAUGGUGUGUCAUUUUGUGUAAAUAUGUUUAAGAGUUUACUCAUGCCAAAUGACAAGUAAUUAGUUAGGGUCAGUUCUCUGCUAAUUAUCCCCAAUUAGUCUAUAUAAUUGUUCUGAGUUGUCCUUAAGCUUUUUGAGUAAUUAUCAAUAGUAAUGAAUGUACCUCAUUUUCAUUAAUUAUCUUUUAGAAUAUAAAUAUACAGUUAGAAAUUUAUUCAAUUCAGUCAGACUCUUUUGGCCACUACCUCAUGUUGCUUUUGUCUUCAUACUGACUAUCUUGUUGACUGUCCACCAGUCUGUCAGUAGACUAAGCAACAUUGACCUAAAUUCAUUCUGACUCUUUUGGCAUUUUAAGAAAUAAUUAUUUUUAUCCUGUCUUAUUUUGACUUUAUUUUAUUUGAUUAUUGUUGAUAUUUCAUGGUUGAUUUAAAUCACUUAAUCAAUAAAUUGUGUAAAACUUG